UUUAUUGUUGCGUUUCUGAGGCGCGAGCUGACAAUUGGUGUGGUGGCCGCUCCCCCUUUUUUGUUGCAUGGCAACAAUAAACAAUUGUAUUGCGAAAGGGGUCCCCAAAGGAGUUGGUGCUGGGCGGAGUCAGUGCAGCUCUUGAGAUUCAGGGAGGCGGGGAAUACCUGAUCCCACGCUUGCUGAGACAGAAGUCACAGCAGGAUUAUGCCCCUCAGGGCAAGAGGAAGGUGGGAGCUCGGCUGUGGCUUUAGCCUGGCCCAGACUUAAAGGCUAGGUCAAGGACCGAGUCGGGAGUUGGAAGGACCCUGUGGGAAAAAGAGGGCUGGACGGGAAGGAGGGGCCAACGGAGGAUUCAGUGUUAAAGUUCAGAAACUGCAGCCGUAACCCAAGAACAAAGUUGCAUGCAGAGCCAACCUAGGAGCUUCAAAAUCGGGAUUCCUUACUGAGAAAGGCCGGAGCCUUAGCAAUCCAAGAAGCUUAAAAUGUCUGCUGAAUCUUCCCCUUCAGUGACCUUAUACUGUGGUGGCAGGUGGAACUGUAGAUGUAUAACAUAAACCAGUUAACAGAUCCCAGGGAAGCAGCAGCCAUCGAGGCUAAAAGAAAUCGAGAAAAAGAGCGACAAAACCGAUUCUUCAAUGUGCGGAACCGAGUCAUGGGGGUGGAUAUCCAGGCCCUAAACGACCAGGUGGCAGAGCGAAAGCGUCGGGAAGCAGCAGAAAAAAGCAAGGAGGCAGCUUAUGGUACCAGCCAGGUGCAGUAUGAUGUGGUAGUCCAGAUGUUAGAGAAGGAAGAGGCAGAACGAACACGUCGGCUGGCCAAGAAAGUCCAGGAUUUUCGGGAGCAGAAGCAGCAGCUCAAGAUUGGGCGUGAAUUUAAUCUUUGGGAUCCAGACCAAGUCUGGAAGGGGCUUCCGACCUAUCUUAGUUACAAUAAUACCUAUCAUGGUCCAUCCAGCCUGCAGUACUUCUCUGGGGAAGACCUAGACAGGGUCACACACCUGAGAAUGCAGCAGAUGCAGUUCAGGUAUGACUUGGAAUGGCAGCAGCAGGAACAACAGCAAGCCAAGGUUGAUGAGAAUUGUGCAGAUUCGCUCAGUGACCAGCUGCGCCUCGCCAUGGAUGCACAGGCCACCCAUCUGGCCAGGCUGGAGGAGUCCUGUCGCGUGGCCAUGACGUGUGCCAUGGCCAACGCCAACAAAGCGCAAGCAGCUGCACAGUCUGGGCAUCAGCACCAUGAGCGUCAAUGUGAACAGAAGGCCAAUCUUGCGGAGAUCAAGAACCAGAGCACAAGUGACCUACUGACUGAGAACCCCCAGGUCGCCCAAAACCGUACAGCUCCCCACCGGGUCCUGCCCUAUUGCUGGAAGGGCAUGACUCCAGAGCAGCGAGCUGCCAUCAGAAAAGAGCAGGAAGUACAACGCUUUGAGAAGGAAGCACAACGUCAGGCUGAAAAAGCAUUGGAUACUGAAUGGAAAAGCCAGACCAUGAGCUUGACCCAGGCAAUGCUGGAGCUAGAAGAGCAGGAGAGGAAAUUGUGUGCUCUGUUUCAGAGGGGUCUAGGCUCCUUCAACCAGCAGCUGGCUCACGAGCAAAAAGCCCAGCAGGAUUACUUGAACUCAGUAAUCUACACCAAUCAACCUACAGCCCAGUAUCACCAACAGUUUAACACCAGUAGCCGCUAAGUUCAGGAUGUUUAUCUCACCCUUCUCGUCCAUCAAGCUCACAAGUAGGAGUCAGAGAAAAAUGCUGCAUACUCCUACCUUCUAAACUAGUUAAUAAACUUCUUCACUCAAAA